AGGAAAGCAGGGUGGGGCUUGUAGCUGCAACACUUGCACAGUACUUGUGAGCUAGCUAGAGCUAGCUAGCUAGAGAUAGUUAGCUACCGGUAGCUAGCUGGAGCUCACAAUGGCUAGUUUUAUACCCAGCCCUACACCAAGCAAAGAGGCCCAUUCUCCUGAAGAUCAGUUUUCUCGAGAUCCCAUGAUGACCUUGAAGUGGUACCACCCUAAUCUCAGUCGACACACAGCAGACUGUAUGCUCAUUGACAAUGCCCCUGAGGGCUCCUACCUUCUACGGCCCUCAAGCAACCACGAUUCAGACAACUCUUAUGUCCUAUGUGUGAAGCUAUCUUGUUCAGUACAGCACAUCAAGGUAAUGAUAAUUCCUGGUGGUCAUGGAUACCGGUUCGGCAACAGUACUUUUAAAGAUGUCAAUGGACUUCGAAAACACAUCGAGUUAGAAAAACCGGUGAUUGGAGGAGAUUCGGGAGUCACUGUUGUUUUGAAGUUCCCGUACAUGAGAUUUGUGGACGAGUCUCAUAUGUACACCGAUGUUGUUCAUCAUGCAGUGACUAACAUGAUGGAUUCCAGCUCCGACUCGGACAGCGAGUCAUUGAACGAGAGUGUAGCCACUAGCCGUAAAUACCAAGACGUUAUGAAAGGAAGAGCAAUAUCAGCGAAAGAGGGUUACCUCACAAAGCAAGGGAAGUUUCCUAGAACAUGGCGAGUGAGAUGGUUUGUGUUACGAAACAAUAUCUUGAGCUACUACAAGACAAAGCAAUCCUCUAGACCCAUCGACUCUUUAGAUCUCUUUAAAGCAUCAAUGGUGGAGUAUGAUGACUCGAAACAAAAGGAUUUUUGUUUUAGUAUCACAUUUUCAAGGAGAACUUACUUCCUUUAUGCCAACAAUGCCGAGGACUGUCAAAAUUGGGUAGAACUACUUAAAUCAAAAGUGGGAAGUGAUUCUCCGAGUUGAUGUAUUAUAAUUAUAACAUCACAACCAACACAGUCAUUCUCUAGCAAUGAUUGUACAUAUUUAUACUCCCUUAUUAAGUUUCUGUGUAUGGUUUUCAUUGUAUUCUUUUAUACCACAAGUUUCUGACUAUGUACACUGCACACCUUAUGUAUCGUAUGAUCAUGUGAUUUUUUUACUCA